CUGCAACAGUGUUUAUUGGCUCCAGAACUACAAGCUCCAGCUUAUGAGGCAAGCUCCAUGUGACAUCAUUGUUAUGCUGAAUCUCCCUUCCUCAUAGAAGCAGCUGCAGCAAGAGGCAAAGCUCACAAAGCAGCUCUCCGAGUCACUGAGCAAGAUGAUAAAGGACAAGAAAGACAUGACGGAGAAGAUUCUGAAUCAUGCACUCGAAAUCAUCUUUUUGCUUACUGGGGAGGAAUACAUCAUUGUGAAGAAGAAUUCCCUGGGGCCUGACAUUCCCCUAGCAACAGGAGAGGUGCCUAUAAAAUGUGACGCUGUUGCAGUCUAUUUUUCCGUGGACGAGUGGGAAUACAUAAGGGGGCACAAGCAGUUCUACAAAGAUGCAGAAAUAGAAAAUCAGAGUUCUCCAAGUAUCACGGAAACCAUAGACGACAGACGGUCUGAUCUGAUUGAUUCUCCCAUUGAAUUACUAGACUGCUAUGGGAACAAUGUUGGUGCCUUUUCAGUUAAUAAAGAAGGACUAGAGAAAGGGACUGAAAAUGACACUGAAGUGGUUGAGGUCCAUUCGGACACAGAUGGGUUUGCUGGAGAGGUAGCAAAUGUUAAUCAGCAAGAGGAGCAGUGUCUUGGGAGUCCCGUGCAAGAGCAAGAAAAUGAAUUCUUUGUAGAAAUUAGAAAAGAUGGGACCACAGCAAUGGACAAUGACAAUACCAUGCUGUAUGGACUUCAUGGAGUGGAACCAGCAGCAAAGUCAAUAAAGGCAUCUGCUACAUGUGAAAGUGGAAAUUUCAGCUAUCCUUUUCAACAAGAAUAUUGUGCAGAAGAGACUUCUGACCAUAGGAAUGCUGACCUACCUUGGAAAUGCCAGAAGAGAAGGAGCAAGAUAUGUGCUAAAAAUCUGAUCAGAAAACUAUCAUUUGCAGAACAAUCAACUGUACAUAGGGUUCCGAAACCUUAUGAGGGAAACGAAUAUGGAAAAUUCUUCAGUACAAAUCCCUACCUUGUCAGUCGGAUGAGAACCCACAAAGGAGAGAAACCCCACGGCUGUAAUGUAUGUGGGAAACACUUCAAUUACAAAUCCCGUCUACUUAUACAUCAGAGAACACACACGGGUAAGAAGCCUCACCGGUGUAACGAAUGUGGGAAACAGUUCGAUUACAAAUCUCGUCUUCUUCUACAUCAAACUACGCACACAGGGGAGGAGCCUUUUAAGUGCAAUGAGUGUGGGAAGCACUUUGUCGAGUUUUCCUAUCUAACAAGACAUCAGAGAACACAUUCAGGGGAGAAACCAUUUAAAUGUGAUGAAUGUGGGAAGAACUUUGGAAACAAGUCCUAUUUUGUUCAGCACCAGAGAAUUCACACCGGAGAAAAGCCGCACGCUUGCUCACAAUGCGGGAAAUGCUUCACUCAUAGAUCCACUCUGUUCAAACACAAGAAGAUUCAUGCAAGAGAGAAAGUAUAUUCUUGUGUAAGCUGUGGGGAAUAUUUCAAUUCCAAAUAUAAGCUUAUUGACCAGCGUUGCUCUAUAUGCAUAGACUUGUAUAAAUAAAUAUGAUGGCUAUUUGUAUAUCACACAUCAUUUCCAUGUUUGGAUUGAGAAAGGUAAUUGUUCCUCUCUGUAGAGAUCCUAAAGGAGCUUUGUUUGAAGGCACCCAGGUGGGUUCUUCACUGGAUCGUCCAUUUCUGAUUUCCAUUCAAUUAUUUGGCUCCAUAUUUAGGCUGUUUGAGAAAUAAAUAAGAUAUUGCUACUAUAUGGCAAUGUAUCUGGGUUGGAGGUACUUUCAUUUGUGGCCUACCCCAACCGUGUUUGACAGUCAGUCUGGACCUGAAGAUAUCCACCUAGUAGGUUUCUAAUAUUUUUUUUCCAGAUAACUGUAAAAGGGGUGUAUUUAGGCCUUUUGAUUUGGGCCACUUUUUUCUUUAGGACUCACGUACUAAAAGGAAGCAGCUAUAAAAAGGUUUUUUUUGCCCGAAAUGCACUUACCUGCUUAACUGUAUUUGUACCGGACAGUGUAUGGGAUAGAGCUUGCGUUCUCCAUGUAAGGAACAGCAUGUAGAUGCACACAUCAUGCCCAUUACCAUUCAUUAGGAAUUAGAAGCAACACAUAUGGAUGAAAGAUGCAGCAGUAGCUGAGUUACUGUAGCUCAGUACUUGCUUAUAUGUAGGACUCUGCUGGAGGAAAGUAUCAGUAGGCUGGGAUUGCUUCCAUUGGCAACACCCUAAUAAAAAAAUAGUUGUCUCUAAAUAUCUUCAUAUUAUUAAUUCUAGUCUGCUGACAUAAUCAUAUUUUUUUUCUUCCAAGUUCAUUUUUUUUAUAUAUACCUGGUUUAAGGCAAAAUUGAUGACACAAGAUAAAAGGUUGUAUAGACACAAGUGUGUAUAAUGUGUGCGGAAUUCAGAAGUGCUAAAGGCAACUUUAUUUUUGUAUAUCAAGACACCUAACUCUUGCACAGAUCCACAGUGAGGUUUUUUGUUGUUUGCUCAUCCCUUGAUUCUUUGUAAAACGACAUUUAAAUCUAUAAUAUCUAAUGUAAGAAUAAAAUCUUGCAAUUCAACUAACUUCUGAAUAAAUGUAAAAGUUAUUCAGAAUA